AUGAUACCAAAUCUAAGCAAAGAAGAUAAGGUUGAAAUUUGUUCUAAGAUUCUUCUUAGUUCACCACCCGGUGAACUUAAUGAUGUUUUUAAUUCAAUUAGAGGAAUUAUUAAUGAUGACGAUUUGUUAAAGAAUAAAUGCGCACCAGCUGUUGCUCAGUAUAAUUUGGAUAAUUUUCACCAAGUUAGACAAGAAUUACCAAAUCCAUGUCUUAUUACAAAAUACAAUCAACUUGGUAACGAUCGAUUUUUAGAACCUCAAGCUAAUGUUACUUUUAAAUUUGAUCAUAUCAGAAGAGAAGUAUCUGAUAUCACUCCUGCCGAUAAACUUUUUUAUAGUGAAGAUUUAAAUAAGUGGCGCAAAGUUAUUCAAAUAGAACUUAACAAAUAUGUUGAAAGAUCUUACAAAAACUCUGGCGUUGGUGUUGUUUUUGUUUAUGAUGGACAAAUAGUUAUAUGUAUUGAGUCUCAUCAAUUUAGACCAAAAUCUUAUUGGAAUGGAAGAAUGAAAUCAUGUUGGUUUAUUCCACCAUUUGAUGGUAAAAAUAAUACCAUAGAAAUUAGUGGUACUGUUAAAUUAGAUACUCAUUAUUUUGAGGAUGGUAAUGUUCAACUUAAAAUGGAUCAUACUUACAAACCAAAGUGUGUGGCUUCAAACAUUGGUAAUAUGGCAAUUGAAGUUGUUAAAGCUAUUGGAAAAUCUGAGGAUUCUUAUCAAGCCACUAUUCAAGAAACUUAUAUGGCUCAAAUUGAAGAAGUCUUUAAACAACUUAGAAGAUCCCUUCCAAUAACCAAAACAAAAUUUGACUGGAAUAAGAUUCACAAUUACAAAAUAGCUCAAGAUAUGAGCCCAAGUGUUUGA